AUGUGUCGGACAUAUAUCGGAGGGAUGACCACUGGAGCUAUGUCCGUUCUGGUAGAGAUAUUGCUGACCACUGUCCACCCCUUGACCGCCUCGGACACUAACGCCACCACUGUUAACCAGCGGCAUGUGCCGUCCAUUCUGGAGAUUUUCGUACCCUGUUACUCCGUCCUUGCUGCCUCCAUCUUGUGCCUAACAUUAACACUUAUUGGUUCUGCGAGUCAUGCAAGCACCGGAAAUCGCCGGAAAUCACGAGUGAACGCGGAACGCUGGGAGAUGGCGGUGGUCACAGACGCUGGUUUCUCGGUCAUCAACCAGACCACCAGGAUAGCUUUUGACGAUGUUCCAAUCACAGACAAAAACUCUGUGCGGAAUUUUCUAGAAGACUUUGACAAGGAGGUGCUUGACAAUCUCCGGACGAUCCAUGUCCAACCGGUCGAGAUUAUCCGGAUUUGUUUCCCGGCGUUCUGUACCAUGGCAAUAGGUCCAGUAUUUAUGUUAGGCUAUUAUAAUAUUAUCGACUUUUUCUGGUCAUUUGAUGACUACCCAGUCCUGCCAAACAUAAACCAGUGCGUCGCUUGCUUCCUCACUCCAGCCGGAUUGGUGUACGCCAUCUCGUUUGGGUUUGCCUUCCAGCAGGCAAUUAAUAAGCAGUGUGAUAUAUUAGAAAAAAUGACGACAGAGAUAAGUUUCCUUGACCAGGCGGCCACAUUGACUAGUAAGCUCAAACUACGGUCGCCAGCUAUCAAGGUAGAUAUGUAUCGAGCUCUGAAGGCUGAAGCGCUCUACAUGAUCCUCCAGGUACAGAAGGGCGACAUUGCGAAAUACAGACACCGCCCCCUGGAGGAUAUCAAAGUUAAGAUUUGGAGCAUCAUUGACCACCUCCACCUGUUGACGAGUACCCCUCAUCACUAUGUGGAUGUAGUGAUGAGUCAACGUAUCAUGGAUUAUAUCACGGCCCUCAACAGUGUCUGUUCCGACCAGCUCGGCAUUCUCCACUCAAAGAUACAUUGGCUCAAAUGGGCGUUCUUGGUCACGCUCGGAUUCUUCUCCCUGUUCGGAGUGCUCAUGAUCCAGGCGUACUCGUACCGGAUGGAGCUGGUGAUGAGCAUGCUCACGCUUUUCUCCAUUGUCAUGCUGUGCUACAUCGUCGCCGAUCUUGACUCACCAUUCACGGGAUUUUUCCGGAUUGACGUUCGGAUCAUCUCGGAUGUAAUAUACCGACUGGAUAUGUUGAGCAAAAUGGCGCUUUUGGGUUGUACCGAAACCGCCUGCUAUCCGGAUAGCUCCAAAUUUAGGUACAAACGUUGACACGUCCUUUAUACGGUACAUUCAAUACGUUUGUUUGACAUUUUAAGAAUGGAUUCUUUAUAAACCCUGUUAACUGUAGUUGAGGAUUGUAGAUGGAACAAUUACUCACGGAAAACGUGUUCAGGCUACGGGAUUUUAAAAAACAAUGAUCCUUAGACAAUCUUCACGUUCUGAUUGAAAAAAAUGCUUGACAUACGUUGUGACGUCCUGACAUACGUUGUGACGUCUUGACGUUAGUUGUGACGUCUUGACAUUAGUUGUGACGUCUUGACAUUAGUUUUGACGUUAGUUAUGACGUCUUGACAUUAGUUGUGACGUC